AUGUCCCUAUCAAUACUACGCUCUAUUCUCCCUCGCUUGACGACCCCAAAAUCACGGCUGCAGCCAUUUCUUGUUCAUUCACAACGUCUUUCUACUCGCACCGAGCUGGAGAAAGAACUUUUCGAGCUUCGAGAGUCGCUGUAUACGCUAGAAGAGCUCGUUGAGCACCCCAAGGCUAUUGACUACUUACGGGAUGUGCAUGCUCACAAUUAUAAGGCCCAUCCUGAAAGCAGCAGCGAAGAAAGGUGGAUCGAAGUAUCCCGUCGCCUCAAAAUACCUGAGAGCUACCAGGACUUACAUGAAAUUAUCUAUGGUCUCACCCGCUUCAGCCCACCACAGAUGUACCUUCCGCCAACGUUUCAUGCCGACAUAUAUAAAACUGCUUGGAAAUUCUUGAAUUCGUUCGCAUCGCCUUACGCCAAAUUUAGUGUUCAGAACGCCAUAGGACUUGUACCUGGACUCGUUUCUACUACUUCGCUGUUCUACAACCAUUUCGAGAUCCUGCGUAACGAGCCCAUUCCAAAAUGCCACCAACUCGCCAACCCCCUGCCAUUAGGAGAGCCUGUUUCAUAUAAGAUUACUCUGCACAACCAAAUAAAGUUCGUUGUUAUCGAGGUUGGCAACACCUACUUGGACUUCGGUCUGCGUGACCAAGAAGUAUACACCCGGCUUUUCACCGAGCUCUAUGGCCAGUCUGCCUCUCAAUACAACAACUACGUCGUUAACCCUGACAAGCCUCACGACUUGAGAGUAUACGGUCUCUUGAGCGACAUGGAUCAGAAUGCCUUCUUCUCUUAUGAUCCCGUCACAGGUACGUUUCAGAAGGAUGAAAACGUCUGUGUCACGCCAAGUCGCGAAACGACAAUUCAUGACGUGAUGAGAUUAUCAGAAAAGUUAUUUAGCGUCCUGAUGCAUAUAUACAAUGAAAACCUAGAAGGCUGGUACAGCAAGGAGGACCUUCCCCAGAUGUACACAAGAAUUGAUGCCGAGACGACGAAGCCUUGUGAUCGUACUCUUCCAGACUUAUUGGCAGAGGCGAUCCAGGAUGCGAAAUUAGCGACGGAACUGCUCAAACAGCAAUCGAACGGCGAAGAUGCCUUGAAAGAGGGUUUGCAUCUUUUGCGCAAAAGUCUUUGGGUACAUCCCCUCGCUGACACAACCAAUUACUGCUGGCUUGGUCUUCAUGACGACCUCGAUCAGAUGACAAUGAAAGCUACGUCAAAUUUCCGUCGAGAGCAAAACUCCUUGGAGAGGAAAUGGGAGAACUAG